AUGGCAAUCGAUGAUUUGAUUACAGGUCCGACACAAGACUCCUUCCAACAAUUUAUGCUAUUGUCUCAUCCAUUCAACAGUAACAUUCAUGGCAAUUCACUGGUUAUCAAAGAUGAUGUGUUCUUGGCACAGCCUUCUAUUUUAUCACGUGAUGUUUUAUACCCAUCUUGGACCACGCUUCAUGAUCAUGAUGACACUGCAUCACUCAGCAGUCAUUCAUCAUUAUCUUCUUCGCAACAUAGUGAUAAAUUAACUACCUCUCCCUGCCUAUCUCCAGUUACAUCACCCACUAAUUUCUUGUACAACCAUGAACCUUUAUUUGAAGGUGGCAUCAUGGAAGAUCUUGGAAACAAAAAGAUUACAUCGGAUGAGGAAUUUGAGGAAGAAGAAUAUGAUGAUCUUUCUUCUAAAAAGGAGGAACCUGAAUCCAAAGAAUCUAUAUCUUCCACUACUCGCUGUCAGCUGAUAGAAUCUGUGCUCGAAAAAGACGAUAAAACAGUGUUUCAACAUUUAACGGAAGCGAGUAUUGACUGGUGUAGAUACUGCGGUACCACUGAAGGUGUGAAUUGGAGACCAGGACCAUGGGGUAAACGUACCCUUUGCAACAAACACGGAUGUGAUUACAAAGGCUAUGGACUGGCCAGCCGUUUACCUCGGUUGGAUCUCUCAGCUUUUGCAGCGGAAAGAUUAGAAGAACGCCUACGUCCAGUUGUUCAGCAAUUCUGUAUUGUAUGUCAGUCUCCGGAACAGACCGAAAAAGACAAUCAUUUGAUUCUGUGUAGUGGUGGAUGUUCUCGUGCAUACCAUCAACAUUGUCACACACCCGUGAUUACCGUCAAUCCAGCAACUGAUCCUGUACGUUGGUAUUGUAGCUCAUUGUGCAAAGAAAAUCGUAAGCGUAACAAAGUUGUCGUCGAGUUACCACGUAAACAUAUGCCGUUAAUGCAUUUACUACCCAAGAAAAAAGUCUUGAGCCCUGCUUAA